GACGGAGAAUGGCAGUGCUCUCCACGAGGCAGCUCUCUAUGGGAAGAUGGAUGUGGUUCGUCUGCUGCUAGACUCAGGUAUUGAUGCCAACAUCACAGACUGCCAGGGAAGAACAGCUCUGGAGAUCCUUAGAGAACACCCCGCACAGAUGUCCCAGCAAAUCACUGCACUCAUGCAAGAAUAUAUGAUGGAGGAGAUGAUGGACAAUAAGAGUGUGUUGAUGGAGGAACCUAUUCGCCAGUGUCCUGUCCCCACACCUCGCACCUCUAUCCCCUCUCCCUCCGCCUCCCCCUCCCUCAGGCACAAAAAUGAUGCUGUGACAGGGGAGCUCUCCAAGCUGCUGAAUGAGAUGAAGAUGUGUCGGGACAGAGACUACUCCUUUGAGGAGCUCUGCCAGACCAUCUCAUCCCACUCUCAUUCCAUGGAGAGCUUUGGCAGCGGUCACCUAUCAGACGAGGAGCGACGCAGUAACGGCACCCUGAGCAGAGUCAGAAAGCGGCCCACUCCUCCACUUCCCCCGGCCCAGGAGGAAGAGGAGGGUGAGAAGAGCUGUGGCCCCGCUGGGUUCUGGGAGGCCCUCACACCCUGCAACGGUUGUCACAACCUGGGCUUCUCCAGCCUGUCACAGGACUCGAAGCGUUCGGCGGAGAUCGUACCAUCGCCCUCCCUUGACGUGUUCUUACCGGAGGAUGAGGACAAUCCGUAUGAGUCCGUCACCACCGCCGUGACCCGCAAACCUUGCUCGCUGGACAUCGGCCUACUCAACGCCUGCCCCCUCAACGGCCACUCUCCCCAGGUGACGGUGACUGAGCGGAGCUGUGUAACCAUAGGAACAGUCCUCACCGACGGGGCUACUCCAGACUGCUUUCCCCCUUCCCCAGACACUGCCCUGAAGAGCAUUGACAGAGUCAUCCGCCCACAGCCCAAACAGCGGACCUCCCUCUCCUCCUCCCUGGAUGUCCAGAACCAGAGGCCAGUCAACCACAGCUGUGAUCCCUCCGAGGUGAGCUCGUCCUUGGGCUACGCCAGCUUCAGCACCAGCCCGCCAGUCAGCCCCAACCAGGACUCACCCGGCUCCAACGACGACUGCCCCCUCACAGACGACGGGCCGUACCAGCAGAACCCUCCCCCCGCCUCUUCCAAUACACUCCCACUACCAGACGACCGACGACAGAGCCUCGUCCCCGUAGAGUUCGCCGGCCUCCUCCACGGCUCCUCGCCGGCCUGCGAGACGCCUGACACACCCUACCACCUCUACACCUCCAACACCAAACCCAAAGCCCGAAAACACACCCCCUCGGACCCCCACACCAGCCCGGUAACCACGCUCGGUAACCACGGCAACUUCGCUUCGGUAACCCAGCCUCCUGAAUUAGGAAUUGGACUGCCACCGCCCCUCAUUAUCCCUCACACAGGAAACGAGGCGUUGGCUCUGAAGACCCCCAAAGACCCCCUCAAAGACGACAGACCCCCCAAACCUCAGGUAGUCUAUCGCACCAUCUUCCACACCCGGGUUAACCAGAACCCCCAGAGCGCCUCGCCCUCCUCCUCCUCGCCGUAUGGUUGGAACGGGGAGGCGGUGGUGGUGAGGGGGGGUGUGUCGGGAGCUGGCGGACCCAGGGAGGGGACACCGGCUACUGGAUACGAGGACAGGGCCUUUACCCUGGGCAGGAUGAGAUCCAUACCUCGCAGUGUGCUGGACCUAAAGCUCUCCAAGUCACUGUCCAAGUCUGACUCCAACCUGGGGGCUGUGUCGCCCAUACAGGAGGAGUACCACUGGGGGUCGGGGGCCAGGGGCCAGGGGCCGAGAGGAAGCCCAGGGGACACCACCAGUCCUGGGGGCCAGCUAGAGAGAACACCCUCCUUCACUGCUGAAUGGGAGGAGAUUGAUAAGAUAAUGAGCUCCAUUGGGGCUGGCAUCAGCACUGGCACGAGCUCAGAAGGGAUCAAGGAGAAUAAUGCAGGUCCCCGGUGCCCCAUGCAGUCUGUGGGCCAAUGGCUGGACAGCAUUGGACUGGUCCAAUACGAGAACCACCUACUGGCCAACGGCUUCGACAAUGUGCAGUUUAUGGGCAGUAACGUGGUGGAGGACCAGGACCUGCUGGAGAUCGGGAUCCUCAACUCAGCCCACAGACAGAGGCUGCUACAGGCCAUACGCCUACUGCCCAGGGUGCGUCCUAUUGGCUAUGACGGUAACAACCCCACGUCAGUGGCUGAGUGGCUGGAGUCUCUGGAGCUGGGAGACUACACUAAGUCCUUCCUCAUCAACGGAUACACCUCCAUGGAACUGGUCAAGAAGAUCUGGGAGAUAGAACUCAUCAAUGUGUUGAAGGUCAGUCUGAUAGGACACAGGAAGAGAAUUCUGGCCUCGCUGGGAGACAGGCUUCACCAAGACCCUCCACAGAAACCCCCACGGGCCAUCUCCCUACGGGAGCCCGGUGGCUGCAACACCCCUCCCCAGAUCCUUCCGGGCCAGGCUGCGUACACCACGGCGGGCAUCCCGGGGGGCUCGUUGGACGUGCAGCACCUCAUCAUGCAGGCGGACGCACGGCGCCGCCAGCGCUCCAACGACAACUACUUAGAGGAGAUGCCUCGCUCCAAACUGGAGCGGCAGAUGGCCCAAGUCAGCAUGUACCUGGGCUCCAUGCUGGUGAAGGAGCUGAGAGGAACAGAGUCAACACAAGACGCCUGCUCCAAGAUGAGGAAGUCUACAGAACAGAUGAAGAAAGUCCCGACCAUUGUUCUGUCCGUCUCCUACAAGGGAGUCAAGUUCAUCGACGCUACAAACAAGAACAUCAUAGCUGAGCAUGAGAUCCGUAACAUCUCAUGUGCGGCCCAGGAUCCUGAGGAUCUGUCCACGUUUGCCUACAUCACCAAAGACCUCAAGUCCAGCCACCACUACUGCCAUGUCUUCACUGCCUUCGAUGUGAACCUGGCGUAUGAGAUCAUCCUGACCCUGGGCCAGGCCUUUGAGGUAGCCUACCAGCUGGCCCUGCAGGCCAGGAAGAGUGGCCAUGGCUCCUCCACGCUGCCAGAGAGCUUCGACCUCAAGCCCAACAAGCCCGUCCCCAAGCCCCGCGUCAACAUCCGCAAGUCUAUGGAGCAGCCGUCGAUGGAGCAGAAAGGUCAUGCCAACGUGCCGUGGAUAGUGGAACCAGGGCAGGAGGCCAAGAGAGGAGCGAACACCAAGUAUGAGACCACUAUUUUCUAAUAGCGUAUACCACCCGCCUGUCCACUCCUGUGUGUGUGCCUUGCAGAGAGCUGUCCCUCUAGAGGCCCCCCAACGGAGCUGCACGGCACGAGCAACCCUCUUAUGCGGCAACGUGUGUGACCUCACUGGCCGAAAAACCCACCCCGCCCGCUCCGCCAUUAGCCGCCGCAACCUCUGCAUGAUGCCGUUUGGCGCUGCGCUGUGUCUCUCUCACACACUCCUCUCUCUUGCUCUCUCCCCACCCUCCCUUUCCUUGUCCUGUUGACGCCUUAGCCUGCCUGCAGGGGCGGAGCAUGAACUUUUACCCUUGGGGUGAUGGUGCACCUCUGUGUCUAAACCUGUAGGGGGCAACAGUCAGUUCUAUUUUUACAUUUUCCAUGGUCAGCCCUCCCCUCCGAUGUGUCAGGCAGCCAGUUGGUUGGUCAGUCAAUCACUCUUAUUUGUUUUCCUGACUGGGGGGUGGAACCAUUUGGUUAUAUCUCAUUUUUUCCUCUUCCUACUGCUGUUCCUCUGCUCCUCGCUUUUCUUUUUUGUCUCUCUCUCUUUUUUCACCCCUUCGACAAGCUGAAUGAGAAUAUCUAGACCAUUAUGCUGCUAAGAACCCCACCCCUAACAGUCUUUUUGUCUUUGUUGUUUUUUAGAGCAAAGCCAAUUCUCCAGCACUAGGUUUGCGUGUUGAUGUUUUGGGGGAUUUUGUUGUCCAGUACUGGCAACCCAGAGGAAAGUGGAGGGAACAUUUGUUUAUCAGUUCCAUCCAGUUGGAGAGGAUAAUGGACUGCUAUGAGAGAUGAUGUAGCAAAUGUUACUUAACGAAAAAAAGUUGCUAGUUCAACAGACUCCUGUCUUGAUCAUAUAUCAGUCUUUGAUUUUUACAGCAGAUUAUUUUUUUGAGACAUAUUUUGAGAAUUUUUUGAGUGGCAAAGCGUUGUUUGUUUAUUUGACACAGGAAGGAAUAGUUUAUAAACCACAUGCUAUACCUGUGUCCAGAUUGAAUUUGUUUAAAAUAGGUUUCUAUACUUGUUUUGUUGGGAAAUGCUGAAAAGGUUUAGCUUGUGGCUUGUGAGGCGCAUGGAGUCCAUUUUGGACUGACUGGUGACGAGGGAGGGGCGGGGCCGGUGGAUAGGAGGCGGGGUUUGGGGACUCUCUGGAUAAGUGGUGUGAUCUCAUUCGCAGGGCAAUGCCGGACGCCCAUGUCUAUUACUGUGGAAUACAAAGAAUGUAGCCAGCCUUAAACAUGGACCCUCUCACACACCAUGCAAAAAGGACUACAAAUGUGGACCCUUCUGUCUCUGUGUCAAAGGACUACAAACAUGGACACUCUCUAACGAACUUGGUGUUUAAGGUUGAUUACAAAACAAGGACAUCUUCCCACAAACCACAAACAUUGGACCCAUGGACUAUCUGUGUACACACACACACACACACACACACACACACACACACACACACACACACACACACACACACACACACACACACAGAGAGAGUUAAGGGACUGCUUAGUAACAGAUGUCAGUCAGAUAUGUGAAUGUAGACUUUCAUUGAAGCAACUACAACUCUAGCCCCUGUUCUGCAUUCAAUUGGACCUUGACCUUUGAACUCUUUACCACGGUCACCCAAGGUCUGGACCGUAACGGACAACUGUCCACAAACGCACCACUGGGGCAUGUCUGUAUUUGAAUGGGGAUGAGGUAAAGGACUUCUGGUUGGCUCUUUUCCUCUUGUUUAAUGGUCAAUAAUACAAUAAUAUGGAUAGAAUUGGACUAGCCGUGCCGGACCACCAUGCAACAGGUGAGCCAUGUGCCAAGUGGCAUCACAAAGGAUGGCUCCGCCUACCUGAGCAAAACGCCAUCCAUCCCAAUUAAAGAAAUAUUCAUAUUAAUGCCGGACGUUUUAAAUGUUUCAUAUGAGAGUAUUAUAUUACCUUAUGAUUAUUCUUGUGUAAUUCUUGUCUACUCUUGUCUUAAUGUUACAUUAUUUUUAUAUGAUAUGCUGAAAUGAAAAAAUCCGGGCUUGAGAAUGAUUGCCAUCCUUUAAAAAAAUACCAUAAUAGUUCUAUACUGAGAGUGAAUGUUUCAGAUGGCUCCUCUCCUUAUGAUUAAUAAUAAUAGCUAUUAUUAUUUGUAUUAUUUGUAUAUUGGUGUGUCCGGUCAACACACCAAUCUGUUUCUCAUGGGGCUAGACUCAUAACUCCAAGCAGAUAUAAUAUUUUACCACAGUGUUUAUGUAUUCCUUGGAUGCAUACAUAGUCCUCUCUAAAUGUACAUAGAUAUUUUGCCAGCUCAUUGUUCAUACAUGUAAUGUAGUAAAACAUUUACAAAAAUAAAGGAAUAAAAUAUUUGCCGCACAUCGCACUGGAAACAAGGUACCAAAAUGAAAAGGUCAGAGUUGAAAAUAAAUCUAUGGUUCUAGAGAUUGUAUUGGGGAGGGUUGGGACAGGGGGUGAUGACAUCACUGCUGACUAACUCAUGUACAUAGGCUUGGGCUUCCAGCACACAGAUUUUGUACGUUUUGGUCAUUAUUUAUAUCCUUGUAAAUCACAUGGAAUAAACACAACUUGUACAACCAUUAA